UUCCUUAGAUGGAAUGGAAACUGCUGCUAGCUUGAAGUUAGCCGAUACUCCACAGAUUCAGUGGCUAAAAAAAACAGUUUUAAUGUAAACUAAGGUAACAUUAGGAUGGCAAGUUAUCUGUUACGUGAAGCAAAGCACCAGAGGUUAAGUUGACAGAUACAACAGCCCUUUAAUAGCAGUGAGGAAGUGAAGUUUCAACGUAAACUUGCCACAUUUUCCAGAUACGCCAGUUAGCCAAAGAGCUCCAACUGUGUACGAGUGUCAUUACAACUAUAACCUUUGCCAACGGUGUGUAGCGUUAACGCAGAUGGCUGCAAUCAGAAAGAAACUAGUGAUAGUUGGUGAUGGAGCCUGUGGCAAGACCUGUCUCCUCAUAGUGUUCAGCAAGGACCAGUUCCCUGAGGUGUACGUGCCCACAGUGUUUGAAAACUAUGUGGCAGAUAUUGAGGUGGAUGGUAAACAGGUGGAGCUGGCUCUCUGGGACACAGCGGGCCAGGAGGACUACGACCGACUGAGGCCUCUCUCCUAUCCAGACACUGAUGUCAUCCUCAUGUGUUUCUCCAUCGACAGCCCCGACAGUCUGGAGAAUAUUCCAGAGAAGUGGACUCCUGAGGUCAAGCACUUCUGUCCCAACGUGCCCAUUAUUCUCGUGGGAAACAAGAAAGACCUGCGAAAUGAUGAGCACACACGCAGAGAGCUGGCUAAGAUGAAGCAGGAACCGGUGAAGUCGGACGAGGCGAGGGACAUGGCUAACCGCAUCAAUGCCUUUGGUUACUUGGAGUGCUCGGCCAAGACCAAGGACGGUGUGAGGGAGGUGUUUGAGAUGGCCACCAGGGCGGCGCUGCAGGCCAAGAGACGAGGCAAGAAGGGCGGCUGCCUUCUGCUAUAGAGCUGUCAGGUCACACCGGAAGGGGAGGGAAGGGGGAAACAAACCAGGCCAAGAAAAACACCCCUCCUCUGCGUCUGCUUUGUCACCGAGGCGGGCACAAUUGAAUACAGGGAGAAAAGUCAAACCAGGCCAAAGGAAAAAAGGGAGUAUUUACAUUUAAGUCCUUUCAAAUAAAAAUACCAUAAUCUUUUAGGAUUGAUUAGACCUGAAAUCAAACAAGAAUGUGAAGAGAUACUUUUUAAAAGUGUGGGAGGCUGUGUACUGUAAGCAGGGUCUCCUCUGUCCUAAACUGUAGCUCUGUGGUUUGGGGUUGAGACCAGCUCCAGAAGAGACCAGGGGGGUCAGAUGUGUGCCUGCCUGACUAACCGUUGGAAGACUUCCAUGGCUUGCAGUGUGACUGUGCUUGUCUUUCAGUUUUGCCCUAUCGUUCGUUUUCUUUCUCCUGCAUUUCCCUGCGGAAACGUAGCCCAACUUAACUCGAUGUGGACUUCCUGUUUUAUGAACCCGUAGUAUCGGACACAACUCUCAUCCGUUUUAAAAAGCUGAGAGUUUGAUUAUUGGCAUUCGAGCAUAAAUACGUGACGGUAAUGAGACCAAUUUAUUUGAGUGUUUUGUACAAGCUUGUCAGAAAAAACUGUAAGAGAUUGAAUUGAUGUGGACUGUCAAACACACUGUACACAGUCGGGUAUUAAAGGGUUAAUAAAAUCGUAUUAUCCUGGAGACAGUUACUGUAAAUUAGUAGCGGGGCCUUAAUUUACCUCAUCUACAGAGAGGACCAGACCUUUAUGUAAACCAGGGAUAUAUUAGAGACGAGCCUUUUAUUUCGAAAAGUAUACUUCAUCAUAUUUUAGUAAAGAAGCCUCCGUGUUUUCUGAUCUGCUCCUGUUUUAAUUUGCUGUCGAUGCAAACGUCCUCCAUGUUUACCUGCUGUCUCGAUAAGUUCAGCAUAUAACGUACAUCAGCACACAACAUCACGUCCGAGUUUCUCCUUUUAACACAAGUACUGUUUUCAGUUACUAAUCAUUUAUCAGUUACGCUGUUUUUUAGUUGUUGUUAAGCGGGACGCAGCGCUUUGUGCAGAUUUGAUAUUAAAAACCUCCCAGCAGGUCGUUUAAUUAGAAACAUCUGCGAGUGGACAUAAUGAGUGAAUGAAAACGGUUCUCUGUUAGAGAAGUGAAACGCAGGAUGAACGCAGCGAGUGUGACGUGGCUCUGUUGUUGUGCUGAUGGAAACGUACAUUAUACUGAACUUUAGCAUGUAAGACAUUAUUCUACAGUAAUUCCACCCUCUCAGUGUUUUUAAGCAGCCAUUAUUUGUGGUUUGGCUGUCAUUCGACACUCCUAUUAUUUAAAUACCAGCUUUUAUUUGAACAUGUAGUGUCCCUGCCCGUCAGGGUGUCAUUGGAGGCGUUUCCACUCAUGAUCUCUACAACUCUCUGUUUUUCCGCUUCGUAUUCUGUUGUAUGUUAUUUUAACUUUAUGUGAUAUUCUACUGGCUUACGUUGUAUUAUUUGCACACAAUUUAAAACAAAAGGUCAGUGUGGUAUACACUUUGGAAAAAAUGUCAAAUUAUGAAAUGCAAAAUGCAAGCAACUCCUAAAGGAUUGGUUAUUUGUAAGAGGAAUAUUCUUUUGUAUACCGAUGUAUCCUCGCAUUUCGUCUUUUUUAAUGUAUUCUAAAGGAAAUAAAUUGUAACUGAUGAUGACCAAA